AUGUCUGCAAAAGGAAGACUCAAAGGAAAGAUGACCAAAGACAGCGUUACCUUGCUGCCCUGCUUUUAUUUCGUGGAGCUCCCAAUCCUGGCGUCGUCAGUGGUCAGUCUGUACUUCCUGGAGCUGACGGAUGUGUUUAAACCCGUUCGCUCUGGCUACAGCUGCAAGGACCGAAGUUUGAGCAUGCCUUACAUAGACCCAUCGCGUGAAGUCAUCCCUUUCCUCAUGCUCUUCAGCCUGGCCUUCGUCUGCCCAGCAGCCACAAUCAUGAUUGGGGAAGGGAUACUGUACUGCUGCAUAACCAGAAGAAAUAUUUCAAUCAAAACAGAGGCCAAUAUCAAUGCUGCUGGCUGCAACUUCAACUCCUACAUUCGACGAGCUGUCAGGUUUAUUGGGGUCCACGUGUUUGGCUUGUGCAUUACUGCUCUCAUCACAGAUGUCAUCCAGCUGUCCACAGGUUAUCAUGCCCCCUACUUCCUCACCGUGUGUAAGCCCAACUACACUACCCUCAACACCACCUGUGAUGAGAACUCUUUCAUUGUGGAGGACAUCUGCUCAGGAGCAGAUCCAGCUGCCAUUAAUGCUGGCAGGAAGUCCUUUCCGUCCCAGCAUGCCACCUUGGCAGCCUUUGCUGCUGUGUACAUCUCUAUGUACUUUAAUGCCAUCCUUACUGACUCGUCUAAGUUGCUGAAGCCACUGCUGGUCUUCUCUUUCAUCAUCUGUGGCAUCAUCUGUGGACUGACCCGUAUCAUUCAGUUCAAGAACCAUGCCAUUGACGUCUACUGUGGCUUUCUCAUUGGAGGAGGUAUAGCCGUGUACCUGGGUCUGUAUGCAGUGGGGAACUUCAAACCCAGUGAGGACACAUCCCUUCAGCAGCAUCGUCAGCAGCAACAGCAUCAGCAGCACCAACAACACCAACAACACCCACAGCACCAACAGCACCAACAGCACCCGCACAUUCCGCAGCAACCGUUGCCUCAGCAACAACAUCUUCCCCCUCCAGCCCUUCGUGAGCCUCUCAGAACCCUGCCAAGCCUGAGCCAAGACACCACACGCCACCUGCAGCCCAAGAGCAUCAGUGUUAGGGAGCGUCCGUCCUCCGCUCGCUCUGAGAGCGUGCUGCUCCGUGGGCCGCAACGAGAGACCAGUUCCCUCACCAGCCUGAAAAGGGCCAGCACUGAAGUGGAGUGCAUCACACCGCCCAGCCCGCUCUGCAAGGAGAGCCUGGUGACCUUCAGCAACACUCUGCCCCGAGUCCACAGCACUGGCAUAGAGGAGCCGCCACCACGCCGCCACGCCUCCAUUCAUGCCUCCAUGGACUCCACACGCUCUAAACAGCUGCUUUCACAGUGGAAGAGCAAGAACGAAAACCGUAAGCUCUCACUGCAAGUAAUGGAGGCAGAGGUUGGACACUCACCUCAGCAUAACAUGGAACUCCGGUGUAGUUCUGAGCCCUCAGCUGUGGGCCUAGAUGGAGAGCUCCGUGGUGGACCUCCAGGCCAGUACAUGAAACUUGCUGCCAGCACUGCCCCACUGACCAAUCACAAUAGUACUAGCGGGAUAACGGGUGGGGCCAGGGUGUCUAUCCAGUCACGGCCGGGGUCUUCGCAGCUGGUACACAUCCCCGAGGAGACACAGGAGAACGUGAGUUCCUCCCCUCAAGAGGACAGUGGGGAAAUGAGUGACAGCGGAGGGGGUGGGACCGGGGCCGCCCGCUCCAAGUGGAUGAAGGUGGCAGAGAAGACUGCUGCCUGCAGGACUAACAGUCAGCCACGUAUCAUGCAAGUUAUUGCCAUGUCCAAGCAGCAAGGUAUGCUGCAUGGCAGCCCCAAGAGCGAGGGCAGCACUGUUAGCUGCACUGGCUCCAUCCGAUACAAAGCCCUCAUGGACCAGGAGCCUAGCACAGGAAUCGUAAGGGUAGAGGCCCAUCCAGAAAACAAACCCAUGGUAAAGCCACCUUCCACUGAUGGCAGUGGCUCAUGGAGAUGGAAACCACCUCAGGAGCGUGGCAGUAUACGCCAGUCCUUUGAGCUCAAUGACCUGAACCGUGACUCAGAGAGCUGUGAGUCUCUAAAAGAUGGUUACGGCUCUGUUGAUGGGAAGAGGAGCCUGCCGGACAUGAGCGGCAAUGAGCAUCAGCCUGUCCAUCACCCCCACUUCCAUCACCAUCACCACCACCACCAAGGCAUUACCACCAUCCGAGUCACGCCCGUGGAAGGGGGCAGUGAGGCUGCCUCCGAGACCCUGUCAAUCGCAUCCAGCCGAGACUCCACCUUGCGCAGGAAAGGCAAUAUCAUCCUGCUGCCUGACAGAGGAAGCAGUCCUGACAACACCAAGAACUUGCCCCACUUUUUCAAAGGGCCCUCCCCUACACCACCUCCAACUCUGACUUUCAAAGACUGA